CAUGGGACACAGAGAGAGACUCGCUUAUGGCCAAUAAUUUCUCUGAUACCCCCGCGUACAACUUGUUCUGGCUCCCUCACGCCCCUUGACUUGUCCUUUACGCUUCACGAAUUAUGCCCGCCUCUUCGCGCUACGGGCGCACGACGAGUAGUCCACCUUUGUCUUCCGCGUACUCAACAACGACUGCUAAUCAACAGAGGCUGAAUGUUGUGACGCGUCUGGCUAUCGAGGGAAAGGCGACAAGGGGAUCGGAGGGAAAGACAGAUGGUGCCGCCAUCAAGAUGUACUUGAAGCUUGCUAUACCGCUAGAAAGCGUGACUCCAGGUGCGACUAUACCCUUGUUCCCAGAGGAGAACGUGAAAAUCCUGUACUCGAAGGUCCACCCCCUCAACGCCAGCUCUGCACCAUACAACUUCUCGUCUACGCUUGACCCUCUCCUACACAAGGCUGCCCGCGCGCUCAACCUUCCAGGACGCUUGCAUCAGUCUUAUUUGUCACUCUUUGAUUCGCUGUUAUCGUCCGCCUCGUCUAACUCUUCCAGCGCGUCUCCUCUAGACGACAAGUACACCGGGCUUAUCCUUGUAAGCGGAUAUCAGGUUUCCUUUGUCUUGCCCAAGGAAUUUCCGUCGCGCAUAGGCGAGUUGACGACUCGUAGCCCAUCUAGCAGGCGCGCAUCGAACGCGACGAAUAUACAAUUCGUAGCUGCAAUCGAUAUCUGGGUACCAUUCUUGUCAAAACCUCCUCUCUCGCCAUAUCUCCUAUCCAUUCCUACACCGAAGUGUCUACACAACUACGUCAAACUGCGCAUAUUUCCUCCUACGACACCUGCUGCUACUUCCUCCUCACUUGCUUCAAUAUCAUCUGCAGAGGAGGAGUUCAACUCCUGGGACCUCACCUCAGAACCUCACGUUACGCAGGGCACAACUCCUCAGAAACGCUCCCGAUCUAAUUCUCAGUCUUACAUGCACUUUGCUGACGAUGAAUCUAGUGAUUCGUCUACUACAGGGUUCCCAGAUGGGUGCGGUAUUCAAGGUACAUUCCAAAGUGCUGAACGGAUUCGCAUACGGUGGGCCAAGCCGAUGAAGUCUUCCGAUAUUCCGGAAACGGCUGAUGGUAGAAGACGAGUUGGUGUGAGAGAAGUUGACUCAAACCUGACAUGUACUAUCCUUGGGAAACACAAAAUAAAAGGUAAACGGCGGAAUACUUCUGGAGAUCAAAAUGGUAUCAUCAUGAAACUCGAAUACACCGCGACGUGUCAUGGUGUCUGGUUUCCCGGCGUCGCGACUAUGCUGGGUAUGGAUGUGGGACUUGAUGCAGGCGAUUACGACGUCAGUUGGGCUCCUGACGGUGACAAAAAAUGGAGUGUGAGCGGCAGUAGUGGCUUUACAGGCUUCGCAACUGGUGCCCCACCAUCACGCAGACCCUCAGUCUCGCGACAAUCAUCUGCUGACACACCGUCGAUAUUCGUCCUUCCCUCUUCUCCAGACGGACGUGCUACUACGACCAGCAGAUCUCAGGUCCCCACGCGCCAGACCCCGUCUACUUCCCUUCUACGCGCGCCUCUCCCCGCUCAGAAUGGUGAUGACUACUCAUUUGAAAGCUCACCAAAUACGACGCCUAUCUCUUCCAUUGCUUCACUAGCCACAAUCCCGUCUAGCCCUGAACGUGACAGGCGAAGUCGGGCCUCCUCUGCCAAUGGCAUCGUCGAUACGGACAGCGACGAGGCUGCCAGCAGGCCACCCACAAUUCCUGUCACGGUCCAUAUCAACAUGAACGAGCUUGGUCCUCCAUCAAAAAACGUCUUCACUUUCACUAUCUCUGGUACCGUUGUUGUAUCUCCACGCAAGGUGUCAUUGUUCCUCCUGAACCACUCUCGUGUUGCUUCACCCACCCCGUCUGCUUCAUCUUCAGGUGACCAGUCAGAUGACGCUGAGCCUGUCCUCCUACCACAGUUCCGAGUAUUGUACUCUGAAUUGGAGACUACAGCAAUCGUCUUGCAGAGCAAUUUGGAGGAUGCCGCCGUUGACGUGUAUAACGUUAAGGGUAGCCCCGCAAACCCUCAAACCAGGAAAACCAUCCUUCAACCCGGAGGCCAAACUAAAUGUAGCAGCGAGGGGGCGAGGAUCGCGCUUCGUGCUUUGCAGCCUCCUCCAUCUACUCUUCGGCCUUAUUCAUCCAUGCAUCGAAGUUCGCGCAGAGGCGGAGAUGAUAGUCUUGAAGAGCAACUGGGUGUGAACCGUUCUCGGGUAUCUAACAGCAUGCUGUCGAGGAAUGACUCCUCGUCGGGAUUGAGACAGAGUUAUUUUCCGGGUGCUAGCACGAGACUCAAACCGAAAAGGGAUGGCCCGUUGAUGAUCCCUUCCGUUUCUGCCACUGUCACGCCUUUGCUCACUCGUGUGCAGGGUGAAGGACGAGAUGCAGUUUCCUUGCCUACGGAUUAUGCUGUGCGUUUGACGCUUCCAGCUCCCAGUGACGCGGAUUCAGAAUGGCUCGAGUUUGGUCUCGCCUUACCAUCCGACUCCUCAUCCAGCUCCACGUCAUCGGCUGAUGCUGGUCCGCCCAAAGUAGAGGUUGCUAGCGCGAGCGUGGAAGGCGUACCCGUAAAGUUUGAAGCCACUGCUGCCUCUAAGCCCGAGAAACUCAGCGCAGAUCUAGAUCGUCUCGGCGUUCCUUUCGAGCAGACCAGUACUCGUGAAUGGCUCACUUGGGUGAAAGUUCGCGUUGGAGAAGCGGGUGGUGGCAACGUACAGAUUGUUUAUAUUGUACGAGGCAUGACUGGUGUUGGCAAGGAAGCUCCGACGCAGAGUUGGUGGAAAGGGAAGGGUAGAGCGAGGUCGGAUGACAGUGCGUUGAAUGUAUUGUUACCGACGUUCUCCCUGCCUGUUGGGAUGCUGGAAGUUACCUUAGAGGGCCAGGCUGGCUUCGAGAUCACUGCGCUACGAUCAAACCUCACACAUGAACAACUUUCAUCUUCUGGAAGGCGCCUAUCUCAAUACUCUUUGGAGGAGUUCUUCUAUCCCCGACUCUCAGUUCAUUUCACACCUUCAUCCUCAGCAGCAUUCUCAUACCCCUCGUUGUGGCGCGGUAUCCACACCGCUGCUAUCGUCCUACCGGCUGCUGCUGCCCUUGUGCUGCUUGGUAACCAGAAUCUUCUGGCUGCUGAGCUCGCUCACACAAAACAGGCUCUCUAUAAUUGCUCUAAUGCUUUGCCGGAGGACUGUCAUGAUCUAACGGAGACUGUCACAAUUACUGCGACUGCUACUAUUUACACAGCAUCCUCUCAUUCGAAGUGGUGGCAUCCUGGCUCAGAUACUUCCAGUUUGACCGAAUUGGAGACAUCAACCUCUUCGGUUUCUGUAUCAUUACCUCAUUCUACUCCCUCAGUAACCUCCAUCCCUACCGUCACACCAAGCAUCCCCAUUAUUCCUAGCGGCUCAUCCGCCUUACCUCCUUCUGAGACUGAGGCUCUCGUCCUGCGCAGUCUUCCCUUCUCCUGGCCGCUAAAGCUCGACAUUCUUUCCUUCGAUAUUCCCGAGCCAGCUCGUACGACCGUUUCUUAUGCAUUUAGAGGACUCGGAAUGGCUUGGCAAUUAGUCCGGAAAGUCAUACAUUAUCCUUUGGACCCUCCAUGAACUAUAAUGCUUCAGUUAUGUUGCGUGAUGCUUAUGAUAUACGACAGAAUGAGAUGUAUUGUUAUUGCUAUCACUAUUGUUGUACUCCACAGCCGUCUUCAUAAUGAGGCUCUCCAAGCCUCACUUUACCCCGUUUUCCAAAGGUUCGUUAGCGUUAGCCGGGAAGCUAGGUAUGUCAUGAACAUUCCACAUGCCUUCACUCGCUUCUAGAAAAAGGCUUGAUGCAUGGCAGCUGCAGGUCACGGUGGUCUCGGUUUCUCAUCGUGACCGAGACAAUUAAUGCAAAGUGGAGAAGGUUUCAUGUAAGAUAUUGAGGAGACGAUGGUCCUCGGCCCCGGAAAAACAAAGGCGCGUUAACGCCUUCCGUUCGUCACUAAAAUUGGUGUAAUUCGCACCGUCGAACCAUACGCAAGAUAAAUCAGAUAACCACAGUUCUCGGAGCUAAGGUCACUGCAUGCACAGUACAAAUCAAGUCAGGCAUAAUAC